AUGUCAGCAAUUCGCAAUGACAAAGUAUUGGGCUCUAGCCAUAUCUUACAACAGGAUAAAAUUAUACCUCAAAGAGAAAUUUCAGCUAAACACACUUUCCAUGAAAAUGAUCAUGCUUUUUAUUCAACUUGGGAAUCAACGGUACAAAAGAGGGAACCACCAAAAGGUCUACCAAACAUAGGAAACACCUGUUACGCUAAUUCCUUGCUUCAGGUGUUAGGACAAACACCAUUUUUGAACGAGAAACUAGUUUCCUGUAUAGACCAUUCAUUGAAACGCUUUGACUAUCAGACGAAAACAACUGUUACGUCUGCUUUUCGGAACCUUUUACGGUCAAUGAACUCCUUGACUUUUGAUCCAAUCCUAGCUGCAGGAAUGAUAUCAGCACUUAUGAAUAAAGUUUCAAGCAGGGAACACGAAUUUCGAAUUGGGUUCCAAAAUGACUGUCACUCCUUUUUUCUAGCUUUGUUAAGUGAAAUAUAUGAUGAAAACCAGGCAAAAGAAGCUACACGUAUAUUUGAAAUAGAAAUGGUGGAUGAAUUUUAUUUUGAUUCCUGUGUACAUAAUGUGGAGGGAGGUUUGGAUUCAUUGCUGAAUGAAGAGGAAUUCGAUGAGGCAGAUGUCCCUUGUAGAAAAUGUGGUUCAGGUGGGAAAGGAAAAACAAGAAAAGCAAUGGCAUUUCGCAUCUUGCCGAAAGUUCUUGUAAUCCAACUCGGGUGUUUUCAAGAGAAAAGUUAUGGCGGACAUCUCCAUAUUGCAAAAUCCCUGCGAAGAAUUGGCUUUGCUGAAAAAUUGAGAGUACCAAAAUCGAAUGGCAGCAGUGUGACUUAUCAUCUGUACGGUGUUGUGAACCAUCAUGGAUCAAUACAUGGCGGUCAUUACACGUCAUUUGUUAAAAACCUUUCACCCAACACAGAGCAUUGGUACUAUUGCAAUGAUAGCAAUGUAACACAUUCCACCCUCACAGAAGCUUUGAAAUCUCGGGAUGCGUAUCUCUUGUUCUUCAAAAUGUGAUAUUUUAAAAAAAAAUUAUUUUAUUCCGCCAUUUUGUUUUAGAUAAAAGGUAUUUUGAACUCCUAUUAUUUUCCCUU